AUGAAUAAGCACAAGGCUGGAACAUCGAUAUCAAAUGGCCCUCAGAAGCUACAUCCCAGGCCCCAAAGACAGCGGUGGACACAUCCAGGCAAACAACCUCUAAAUGACUGGACACAGCUGCCUCAAGGAUGGAGUAUCGACGAGCCUGAUCUUGACCCCCUAGAUCUAGGCGCUCAAAUCCAAAGAUGCAAGGAAAGAAUCGAAGACAACAUUAUGCCUUACAUAUUCAAAAUUAGACUGAAGGUCUUAGAAGAUGCCAAGGCCAGUCGCGGUCUCAUUAUUGCUCCAUAUCAAGGGCAAGGACUAAGCUGGGACGUCAUCCAGCGAUUAGAAAGUCUCAAGGCUCUCAGAGAGGAGCUAACAGCAAAUGGCGAUGUUUUUGAAGAAUUGUCCAAUGUCGAGUCCAUCAUCAAAGCUUACGAGUCCGGUGAUCUGGAGUUAGAUGAAAAGAUUACAUUCUGGUCCUAUGGAAGGGUCGUCCACCGCUCGAAUUCAUUUGACUGGGAUGAAUUCAAGUGGGCAAAUCGGAUGCAUCAAGGCUACAAAGGAUUUUGGGUGGAAGGGCGAGGCGACCCAGGACCAUCAUCUGUGAAUUCAUACAAAGCCAUCUGUUCUGCAGAUAACGACGGACAAUACGUGAUCCCACUAGUCCUCAGGCUAGGACAGGAUUUAAUGAAAGAUAAAAACGCAUCAAAAACCGAGCCAGAAAUUGAAUUCGACUUUAUUGAUGAUACAGGGUGUGGCCCGUUGAAGAUUUACACAGACGACGUAGCAAUACUACAAGGACCCAAUGCUGCUGAGGGAAUCCACUGGCCCUGGCCACAGCUGAUAGGAUACGAGCCAAUGAAGAGCGCAGAUGGCUCAGUCAGCUAUGUUCUCGCUAUCAUGGUCGAGGUCAAUAUGUACGAUGCGCCGAAAGGCCGCCCGAAUCGCCAAUUAAUGAUCCCGUCAUGGGUCCCGGCCGUGGCUCUAGUCGACCCUGCCAAGUCGAUGGGCCCGGUCGGGCCUAAUGAGAGGCUGACGUCUAUUUAUCAGUUCUACGAAAACGGGGCUGACGGAAAGAGACAUGUUGCCUGGGGUAGAUACGAAGGAUAUCAAGCCGAUGAGGCUGGUGCGGUCUAG